AUGACCUGUAUCAUCUUUAUAUUUUUAUCUAUUCUGUGUUGGAGUGCUCUUGGAGCAAAAAUAGCUCUAUUCCCAUCCACAGGAUGUUUCAGCCACGAUGUAAUGAUGAAACAGGUCGGCUCUCAACUCGACGAAAAUGGCAACAACAUCACAUGGAUUCAAACGUAUCUUUACGAUUUUGGAUUCGGUGAAAUUCCACUUCCAGACCAUUGGAAUCGAAUGUCAAUAGUCGGAAUUGAUGAGAGAGCCAACUACCUACAAGAGAACACAGGAAGAUUGAUAUGGAGACAAAAUGUACCAUUUGAUUUCGAUCGCCCUUUCAAUAUACAAGGAAUCAAGGACUUUGUGGUAAUGUUGCAACGACAUCAGGAGUAUUGCACAGUUAUGAUGGACGAUCCCAGAUAUCAACGUCUGAGAAAUGAGAACGUAUCGGUGGCGGUAUUGGAUCACUUCUUGCAGGAAUGCAUGGGAGGUCUUGCCCAUCUCCUCAACGCUUCCGUCAUCCAAUUCUCCAACUGGCCACUUUCAGACGGCUACGUAACAUCUUUGAAUCUUCCAGCAUCACCAGCAUCUGUUCCUAAAACUGGUACUCGUCUCUCAAGUAACACGAUGAGUUUUCUUCAAAGAUGCCAAAACGUACUAUUUCAUAUUGCCAUUAUGGUUACUCGUUUCGUUCAAAUGAACACACUUGAUACAAUGUUUGCCAAGAGAAAUUAUCCAUGGAUCCAAGUUGAAUUGAACGAAGCUCAACGUCCGAUUUUCGCCAGUAGAGCUGAAAUGAUUUUCGAACCAAUUCGUCCCAUCAAUAACCGAAUCAAGUUCUUUGGAGCUGCAUCUACCAUGGCUCCAGAAAACUAUAUCAGCUCAUCGGAACAUUUCAACAUUCACCCGUCCACUGUUUCCUUCACUGAUCCUGUUAUUUUAAGAAGUAAUAUUUCAAAUAUCUCCGCGGAAUGUGCCACGUGUCAUCGUCCACAAAAUUCAAAACUUAGAAGACGUUCUUGGAUGUUCAAUAUGGUUUCUGACCGUACCAUUGUUCAUCAGAGACAAUUGGAAAUGAGAGAAAAGUAUCAAACGAUUGAUUGGGAUCGAGUGCAUUCUGAGAAGUUUGUAUUAGUCACUUUUGGAAGUGUCGCUCAAGUGGAUAAAAUGCACUUUGAACUCCUGGAAUCUCUUCUCGAAACUUUCUCAAAACAGCCUGGACUUAUCAUCUGGCAAUCGAAUUUAUCAACAGAAGACAUCAAGCGAAUCCAUAAUCUAACUGUUCCUGACAACGUUAUGGUUAGCUCUUGGGUCCCAAUCAAAGAACUUUUGGCUCAUGACAAUAUAGAAUUCCUUAUUUGUCAUGGAGGAAUCAAUACUGUCAAUGAAUUGGGUCUUUUUGGUGUUCCAGUACUUGGUGUGCCUCUUCAAGGAGAUCAAGCUUCGAAUUUGGCAAGAGUUGUGGAUUUGGGUGCAGCCGAGUUGAUGACAAUUAUUGAGUUGAAUGAUGGGAAGUUGGAUGAGAUGAUGGGCAAGAUGAGACAGAAUUUAUCAAGGUACUGGUCGCGAAGCGAGAAGCUAGCCAAGAUGCUUGCACAACACCGCGAAUUUCACGAUGGAUACCAGAAAUUCUGGCUCAACUGGGUGGCCCGUCACGGGAAACAAAAUGAAAACAAGCGAUUCGUGAGAUAUGAAUACUUGGGAGACAUGGAUAAUCGUCUCUGGAUGACUAUCUUCGGUUCGAUUUCUUUGAUAAUUUUUCUAGUUUCUUUCUAG